UUUGCAUCUAGUAUGUUCCGCGAACCCGAUGAGGUCGCUGCAGAGCAAGCCGCCGCCAAACUCGACCAGAUUGCCGCUACAAGGCGCUCUUCCAUCCGACGCGAAUCUACUGUACGACCCCAUCGUCAAUCACCACCCGAUCGGGAUUCAACCAGUCGCCGUAGUCAACGAGAGCAAAAUGUCCAUCGUUUCAGAGCCUUGAUGUCUCGCCACAGCGUCCAUGUCGAUCUAGACGGUCGCGAUCCUGUCGACGACCGGGCCAGUAUCGAAGCCCAGAUCGAACACCUUCGACGAGAGCGCCUCGAACGUAUGAGAAAUCGCGUUCAUCCCGACCGCUUUGAUCCCGAGUUCGUUGAGAUGAUGACCCGAAUACGGAGCCACAUUGAUGAUAGCCCUACGAAUGACAUCGCCCCAGACCUGACGCUUGAGAUCUCCAGUCCCCGUACAUUAGAUACUGUUUCACAGAAUCUUCCUCGCCCAUCUCGAGAGUCUGGCUUGAGGUUUGAGGUCGCAGCCUCUUCGCAAUCUGAAUCGGAACAACCUCGCCGACCACGAUUCUACGCCUCUCGACCCACUGUUCGCCGGCAAUCCGUUGAUAGAUCUCCUCACAGAAGCAGGUCCCCAUACAUGCUCUCCGUCCAGAGAGUGAACGUAAAUGACGGGGUAGAUGAUGUGGGACCCGAAACUGCCAGCUUGACACCAGGUUUCGCUCCUGCUCAUGGUCCCUUUCGCACCCAUCCACAACCUGUGGACGAUCGAUUUUCUAGGACCUCUGAUGCCAGUGCUCUUCCCAGUAUGCCCGCCUCACCCACCCCAGAUACUCCAAUCCUGGAUCUGCUGCAACAACCACCAUAUCCCCCUCUUCGUCGCGUCAGUCACCUAUCUCCACGGCCGUCUGGAACUCCUCGUGGUAGAGUGGACGGGCUGGGCGAUCGGAUACGAAGCCCAAGUCCCAUGUCCGAUGCACAUGAAGAAGAGAACUGGGCCAGCCUCUUGACAACCAUCCAGCCAGGAAGAUCAAGCAAUGCAACUUCAUUCAUGUCUUCUAGGUCAGAUUCUCAAUCCGACUCAAACAGAUCAUCACAAGCCGCCACUACGGCCACAAGCUUUGGAGAAAUCGGAGGCGAUGAUUCUUGUGAUCUGGAUCUUCCCUUUGGAAUAACUGAGGAUGACGUCCGCGACAUCCGUGCGCGGCAUGGAAGACUGCGACCGCGAGACCCUUUUCGCUCAUCGAUGGAGCGAAUGCACCAGAAUCUGAACAGAGAUCUCGACCGAAGCGAACACCAAAUGCACGAAUUGACGCUUUUUUCCAACAUUCUUGUAAGAAUGCAACGACGAGAAGAAAUCACCGAUGACAUGUGGGCCGAGGUCGGCUUGUCCCCAGAUGUCGUAAGAGGCAGUGCUUGA